AUGGAGUACCACGCCAGCAAGGAAGAAAGGGCCAUCGGCGCCGAGGUCAAGGAAGCUCCUCUCGUGGACGCUGUUCCUGAGACUGAGGAGUACAGCAACAUCCUCGAGCGCAAGAACAUGUCCAAGAGAGAAUUUUACUGGCUUUGGGCUGGUGUUCUCAUUCAAGCCCUGUGCAUAUCGUUCGAGGCAUGUCUGACCCAGGGCAUCAGUGGUUACGUCGCCAGUUACUUCGGAGUGACCUCGCUCACGGCCGUCCUACCCACCAUCCUGGCCGUGCUCGCGACCGCUCUAGUGCCCUUCUACGCCAAAGUCUCAGACGUCUUUGGCCGUGCCGGAUCGCUGACCUAUGCUUUCACCUCGUACCUCGUGGGCUUGACUAUUGAAGGUUCUGCUCAAUCGUUCCUGCACCUCGGCAUUGGUCAGAUCUUUUACGGCAUGGGUGUUACUGGUAUCCAGACCUUGUCCCAGGUCGUCAUUGCAGACACAACUAGCCUGCUUCAUCGUGGUAUCAUGUUCGCCAUGUACGAUAUGGGUAACGUCGCCAACAUCUGGGUCGCCCAGGCGCUUAUUGAUCCCAUCACUCUUGGUGGAGCCAAGGACAAGUGGCGCGUCGCGUACAUUGUCAUGGGCUGCGUCUCUGGGUUCGGUGCCUUGGCUCUCCUCAUCCCUCUUUGGUACGUCCAACUAUCUCUCAAGCGUCGCAAGGUGGCCCAACCUCCUCGCCGCACCCUCCGUUGGCUCGCCACCGAGUUUGACAUUCCUGGUGCCAUUCUCAUCCUCCUGGCCUUGUCGUUGACAUUGAUGCCCUUGGUCCUCGCGCGUCGUGCCGCCAAGAACUGGCAAGAUCCAGCUAUCGUCGGCUUGUUCUGCUCAGGCAUCGUCUUCUUCGUCCUGCUGUUCGUCUGGGAGGCCAAGUAUGCCACGCGACCCAUCAUGUCGUUCAAGAUCUGGACCAACCGCACCGCCUUUGGAUCUUUGAUGAUCUUGUUCCUGCUCAAGGUCCUCGGCAACGUCGUCUGGCAAUAUCUGACUCAGUACUUUAUCGUCUCGCGCGACAUUACCUUUGGUCAGUCUUACUUGCUCGUCCGCGGUUUCCAGAUGGCAUGGCUCAUUUUCCAGCUCAUUGCAGGCUUGAUCAUGAAGCGGUACAAGAAGGCGCGUUUGUUGGUCUGGAUCGGUAUCUUUGUCUACGUCCUGGGCGUCGGUCUGAUGAUCCCUGCUCGCCACCAGGAUGCCUCGAUUUUCCUUAUCGUCAUCUCUCAGACGAUCGCCGGAGCUGGUGGUGGAAUGGCCCACUUGGCGUGUUCGGUCCUCGUCACGGGUGUCGUCCACAAGAAGGAUGUCGCUACCGUCGUUGGCGCCUCGCAGAUCUUGGUCUCGUUCGGUUCGGCUGUGGGUAAUGCUGUGGCAGGAGGCAUCUGGACCCAGUACCUGCCCUCGCGUUUGCGUGUGCGCGUCACCCGCCCCUACGACAUGGACCGCGCCAUGAACGAUCCACUCGAGUAUGUCAAGUUCCUGGAUCCCAUCACCAAGCAGCAGGUCGUGGACGCCUACAGUGACUCGCAAUGGUUCAUGAGCAUCAUGGGUCUGGCCGUGGCUGCCCUGACGAUUGUCUGUGCGGCCAUGUUGCAGCAUGUCAACUUGGAGCAGGAUCAAGAUACCCAGGAUCGCAUUGCACUUGGCGAGGAGAUCCCUGAGAUCGAGGACGAGAAGAAGGAGAUCAAGAACUGA